AUGCUAAAACCUAUAAAUGGUUUGCUCUGUUUUGUCAAUAACUCCUUGGGUUCUGUUCUCAUCUGCAAUCCUACUACCGGAGAAAAAACUUCGUGGAUCCAAACAACCUCAGGAAAACUCGCAUAUGAUGAAAAAGUCGUUUGCUGCGAAUGUGAUUUUGGAUUCGGGUUUCACAGGCCCACCAAGGAACACAAAGUCGUCUGUGUUUAUUCUAUCAUCAGAGAAGUUGAGCAAGAUGUUAUGAGUGAAGAAACUAUUUGUGAGGUUUUGACAGUAGGUUCAAAUACAUGGAGAAGGAUGGACGAAGGGCCAUUUUACAUGGUUGUUACUGGGGUACGAUCUGUAUACGUGAGUGGUUUUAUAUAUUGGAUAGGUUAUUCUAAACCCAUGAUUGAUCAUCUAUUCAUAGUGGGAUUCGAUGUUGGUCGUGAGAAGUUUAGUAAAGUCAUCUUACUCCCUAAUCUCAUAGGCAAAUCCGGUCCUAAGUUGGUAGAAGUUGAUGGCCAUAUCUCUGUACUAGACAGAGAAAGCGACAAAGUCACCUUGUGGAUUCAUAAUGAUGACGGUAAUGAUGACGGCAAUAAGUGGAUUCAAGAGAUAAUAAAGAUGCCUUAUACUUUGGAUGAAGAUUCAUAUUUAGCUUUCGAAGCUAUCAAUGGUACAAACAUGAUAAUCCUCAAACCCUUUCGUCGACACCAUGUAGAGUUGGAAUAUCUUUAUUAUUACGAUUAA